AUGCAGCCUACUACACUCGUCCGGUCAAUAUUACCGGCUCUAGCAUUUAUAUCCUCAGCGGUAUCCUUCCAGCUCGAUCCUCAAUCGAGAGAUUCACUGGUCGCCGGCGCGGGCAUCGCGGCUAACAACCUCAUCCAGCUUUAUGAUGGAUAUCGCAGUGGCGGUACGACUGGUAUGUUCGUAGCGCCCGUCUACUGGUGGGAGGCAGGCGCUGCUUGGAACGCCUACCUCGACUUUUGGCGAUACACAGGCAAUACCACCUUCAACGCUGUGACCAAAGCAUCUCUCCUCUGGCAGGUUGGUGCAAACCGCGAUUUCCUACCAGCCAAUUUCUCCACGUCUGCAGGAAACGACGAUCAAGCAUUCUGGGGUAUGGCUGCCAUGUCCGCCGCCGAGUACAACUUCUCCAAUCCAACAGAUAAAGAACCACAGUGGCUUGCUCUUGCACAGGCAGUCUUCAAUGAACAAGCUGAUCGUUGGGACUAUGCCAGCUGUGGCGGUGGUCUGCGCUGGCAGGUCUUCCAGUACAACCAGGGUUACAGCUACAAGAAUUCCAUCUCCAAUGGUGCAUUCUUCAACAUUGCAGCCCGACUUGCUCGCUACACAGGCAACACAACUUAUGGGGACUGGGCCGAGAGGGUCUUUAUGUACCAGCUUCAAUCCGGCUUCACCAAUGAGUCCACCUACGCCAUUUACGAUGGCGGUACUGUUCCGACCUGCAAGCCCAUCAAUCAAAUUCAGUGGACUUACAACAAUGCUCUUUUCAUGGGCGGCAGUGCAUUCAUGUACAACCUCACCAACAACGCAACAUGGGCUUCGCGUGUCGACAAGUUCAUUACGCGUAUGACAGAAGACUUCUUUGGCGGCGCCAACCAAAACAUCAUUUACGAACCAGCGUGUGAGCCUUAUGAUACUUGCAAUGUCGAUCAACACUCUUUCAAGGGUUACCUUGCGCGGAACAUGGGAUACACCAUGCAGAUGUAUACUGCUUCGCGGGGCCGACUAUUGCCACUGCUGCAGACAUCCGCUGCUGCUGCCGCGAAGGCUUGUACGGGAACUUAUGCUGGUAUGGGCAACAAUGCUUGUGGUUUCAAAUGGACUUGGAAUAACGGUACAUUCGAUGGCAGUACAGCAGUGGGUUUCAUGGUCGGUCAACAACUCUCGGCUCUCGAAACAAUUCAAGCCAAUCUCGCCAUCUACGCGCAAGCUCCAUUCACAAACGCAACAGGUGGUUCGUCUCGUGGAGAUGCCGCCGCUGGAACAUCGGGUGAUUCACGCACAGCUGCUGGUAUCAAGGUGAUCACACCAGCCACAAACGCGGAUCGUGCAGGUGCAUGGAUCUUGACGACGGUGUUUACUGCAUUGGUGUUUGUCUUUGCUUGGUGGGUGGCUUUCUAA